AUGAUGUUGGCUAUAUGCUUCGGUAUAUUAAUCUCAUUCAUGGAUACUUUUGGGUUCAUCGCUACCUUAUUGUACCUUAUGGUUGCAAUCAAGUGUAACGGAAUCUUCUAUGUUCCACAUCUCGUGAGAUACUUUUUUCUCAUCAAUACCCUGAUCAUCACAAUCAAUUCGGUAGUUCUUUCAAAAUUUGGUAUCAUCUGUGGCAAUUUUGAAUGGUUUGAGGAAGUUGUGUUUGCUCCAAACUUCCACUCAUCAGCUCUUAACAUUCUCCUCCGCGUCUCCAACUUCCUUUUCCAUGCGAUUUCAACUCUUCAAAUCAUCGUCAUAUCGUUCAUGAUCUUCAUGCGAUUGAAAGCUAAAUACGAUCGUGUUCCUGUGAGUAGUGCUGUUGGUCAAAACUUGAUUGACGUGUCAUCAAAAAAAAACACCAUAUUUUAACCAAUUACAGUUGCGUCUGCAUCUCCACUACUUUUUUCACCAGUGGAGUUCGAGCUUGUUUGGGACCAAUUCUACUUUGUCACCAGUAAAACUCCGAUCUCCGUGAUUCCUCCUAUCAUCAUCUGCACCCUGUUCUUCAAUCUGAUUUUGCAAAUUUUAAUAACUGACAGUCUCAUCUUUUCAGAAACACCUUGGUUUGUUUGUGGCGUCGGUGUCUUUGUUGUCAACAUGGCCCUUCUAGAACUAGACCACUAUCUCGACAUAAGCCUAGUUGCCGAUUUUGAGUUCGUUGUUUUCCCGUUGACCACUGCCUGCUUCUCUUUUUGUGUGCCGGCAAGUAGAAUCAUCCCAUUCAAAGAGAGCCGCUCCGAAAUGUGGAAACUUCUCUGGGGCUACGGACAAGAAACCGCCAAAGUACAUCCAACUGUGGAAUCAAUUGAAAUGAAGUUUUAAAC